AUGGCAGUACACAACCCUAACAACUGGCACUGGGUCGACAAGAAUUGUCUUGACUGGGCUCGCAAAUACUUCAAUGAGCAUCUAGUUGGUUUGAAAACAAGCGAGCGUGAUGGUAAGCAGGCUGAAAUCACAUCCGUCUCGUCCAUGGAAGGAGACUGCGAAGUGAGCCAAAGAAAGGGCAAGGUCAUCUCGCUCUUUGAUCUCAAACUAGUGAUGAUGGUCAGCGGUCAUGUUGGAGAUGAGAAAUUCGAAGGCAGCAUCACAGUUCCCGAAGUGGCUUUUGACUCAGAGAAAGAUGACUAUCAGUUUGAUGUGUCGAUUUACAAGGAAACCGGAAAGCUGAGCGAGAUCAAGCCUGUGAUCAAAGAGGAGUUGUUGCCUCAGUUGAGAGAUGUUUUCUAUGGAUUCGGACCGGAACUUCUGAAAACUCAUGCUAACGAUAUUCAAGUGCCAGCCGACCAGGUAAACUCUCAGUUCACCAAAGGCAAUUUACAAAGCGGCCUAGCCUCUUCGGGUUCAAAGGGAAAGGAUCCGCAGGUGUCUUCCAAGACCGUGACUUCGAAGACCGAAGUGGCCACCUCUUCGACCUCGGGAGCCCCUAAGUACAACACAACUACUUUGCAUCUAGAGCCAACUUUCAAUGUUCCCGCAAUUGAACUCUAUCAAACUUUCAUUGACAAGCAGCGCAUCCAAGCAUGGUCACGCUCUCCUCUCCAGAGCAACUCACCCAAAAGCGUUUUGGAAAAAGGCGACGAGGUCACACUAUUUGGUGGCAACAUCACCAGCAAACUCGUUGAGCUGGAAGCUGGGAAGCGUUUAGUUUUCGAGUGGCGUUUGAAUGAUUGGCGCCAGGGUCAUUACAGCCGUAUGGCUAUGGAGUUCCACGAAUCUAAAGAAUACCACGAGACGAAACUACAGGUUACUUGGAGUGGUGUUCCAAUUGGCGAGGAGGACAAGGCUAAGGGCAACUUUAUGGAUUAUUACGUUAGAAGCAUUAAGUUGACUUUCGGAUUCGGAGCAGUCUUGUGA